AUGACGCCGGCCACGACAUGUGUGAUGCUGGUGCUCAUCUGCGUGUUGAGCUUCUCCAUCCGCCUCUUUCCGGUCGUCAUAUGGGGCAGUGUUAUCCAUGAAUUUGAUCCGCAGUUUAAUUUCCGAGUGACCAAAUUUCUAGCCCAGCACGGCAUCUACGAGCUAGUGGACUGGUUUGAUGACCGUACGUGGUACCCUUUGGGGCGUACUGUAGGCACUACAGUGUAUCCUGGUCUUAUGGCCGGGGCUGCAGGGCUGCAAUGGUUUCUGACGCGAGCACUGCGCAUGCCGAUCUCUAUCCGAGACGCCUGCGUCUUCCUCGCACCAGCCUUCUCAUCUCUUGCUUGUGUGGCUCAGUUCUUGCUAACUUAUGAGGUUACAGAGAACGCAUUGACGGCGCUUCUAUCAGCUGUGCUACUGAGCGUGUCGCCCGCGUACAUCUCGCGGUCAACUGCAGGUUCUUUCGACAAUGAAGGCAUUGCAAUUUUCCUGCUUGUAUUGACCUUUAAUUUAUGGGUAAAGGCAGUGAAGACGGGCAUGAUGAUCUGGGCUGCACUUGCUGCGGUUUGUUACUUUGCUAUGGCUCUAUCGUGGGGAGGAUACGUGUUUAUCAUCAACAUUGUCCCGAUCCACGUGUUAGUGUUGUUGCUCUCGGGCCAUUACUCAGCCAAGGUUUAUGUCGCGUACUCUACGUUUUAUCCGCUAGCGACGCUAGGUGCGAUGCGGGUGCCAUUUAUCGGAUUCAAUGCAGUACUUCAGGGCGAGACUGCUGGAUCUCACGGAGUCUUUGCGCUUUUGCAGGUGUAUGCUUUCAUGCAAUGUUUAUCUACUCAGAUAUCACAACGCCACUUUCGGUGGCUUCUUCAAACUUGCUUGAGCGUUGGUGCAGCUAUCACCGCUAUUGGUUUGCUGUUUGCAUUCUUGUUAGGAAAACUUCAAUGGAGUGGGCGAAGUUUGACACUACUGGAUCCAACGUACGCGUCCAAGUACAUUCCAAUCAUUGCAUCAGUGGGAGAACACCAACCGACUGUGUGGUCAGCGUUUUACUUCUCACUUGGACCAGCGAUGUUGUUUGUUCCUUUAGGAAUGUUUUAUUCAUUCCAGAAACUGGAUGUUAGUUUUUUAUUUAUGAUCGUCUACAGCACAUUUGCUUUCUACUUUUCAGGUAUCAUGGUUCGGUUGUUGCUCACCGUAGCUCCAGCAGCAUGUUACCUAUCGGCAGUUGGCGCAUCGGGAUUUAUUCAGAAAUUUCUGAAACUCGCGCGCAGAGAUGCAGCCGAGGGGAGCAUUUGUUCAGCAGGAGAAGGGAAAACCAACGAGACAAUGAACGCUAACGUUCCAGCAGACGAAGAGAAAGAAGAUCCAAGGAAGUCGCACAUAGAAGACAUCGUGUUGGCGCUUGGCGCUAAAUUGCGAUUUCAACCUGACAAAGAGGUUGCUGGCAAACAGCAUAAGUCUCCAAGGGCGCUUCAGCUGCUUGUUUUCGCUUGCGGGCUUCUCUUUGUUACUCACACCCGCCAUUCGUCUAAGCUUGCCAAGAAAGUGUUCUCAUCAACGUCACUUGUAUUCGAAAAAAUGAACAUGACAACAAUGAAAAAGGACUUGCACGACGACUACCGUGAAGCAUUUGCCUGGCUGCGACAAAAUACUCCCGAAAACGCCAAAAUUUUGAGCUGGUGGGACUACGGAUACCAGAUCGCCACGCUGGCAAAUCGUACAGUAUUAGUUGACAACAAUACGUGGAAUAAUACGCACAUUGCUACUGUUGGUCGUGUAUUUACUUCACGGGAAGACGACGCACUGCCGAUUUUACGCAGCCUUGAUGUCGACUAUGUGUUCUUGAUGUUUGGGGGUAAAGUUGGCAUGCCUGGUGAUGAUCUCGAUAAGUUGCCGUGGAUAGUCAAGAUCUCAGAGGGAGUGUUCCCUGACGAUAUCAUUGAGUCCGAGUUUCAAGUGAAUGGACAAUAUAUUUUUCAUGAGAAUGCAACUCGCGCCAUGACGGAAAGUGUUCUUUACAAGCUCAGUUAUUUUGAGUUUAACCAAGUACAGAGCUUACCGGCAAAAGACAAUGAAGAUCCCGUUUUUGGAUGGGAUAUGAACCGUCGAUUUCGAAUACCAGAACGCAACAUUGAGCUACAAUAUUUUGAGCACGCGUUUACUUCGGAUGCUUGGAUGGUUCGGAUUUAUCGGGUCAAGUCUCUCAGAGAACAGGUUGUAAUGCACAAAUCAAAAUGA